GAGAAUUGCAGCAAAGAAACUUUAGAGAAGAAUAGUGGACCCCAUCUUGCCACGCCUUCCAAUCCCUCCUUCCUCCUGUAUCUCGGGACACCUUCUCCCAUAUGAAAUACACACAUAUAUAUAUAUGAUAUAUAUAAUGUAUAUGUAGUUAUAGAUAUACAUAUACGUAUAUCCAAUGUCUCCGACGAAGCACUCCGACGGGCCGCCGGCCGACCAGCCCCUCCUCUCCGAAUCCCAAUCCUCCUAUUCCCAGACUCCACAAUACGUCGUCGUUCUGCCUGCCUACCUGCCCCCAUAUCGCCAGCGUCUCCUCCGCAAAUUACACCGGCGGCGUCUAAUCUGCUUCUCCGCCGUCUUCCUCUUCCUCAUAUCCGCCGUGUACCUCGUCUGGCCGUCCGAUCCGGAGCUCUCAGUUGUCCGGAUGAGCCUCAAUCGCCUCCACUUCCACACUCGCCCCAAAAUCUCACUCGACGUAACCCUAGACCUGAGGCUUAAGGUUCGGAACAGAGACGUUUACUCCAUGGACUACGACUCCUUGCUCGUCGCCGUCGGGUACAGGGGGGAGAGCCUGGGGAACAUCACGUCGGAGGGCGGACACAUCAGGGCGCGUGGCUCGUCGUACGUGAACGCCACGCUCGACGUCGACGGCGUGGAGAUGCUGAGCGACGUGAUUCUGCUGCUCGAGGAUUUGGCUGCUGGUUCGAUUACGUUCGACACUGUGUCGGAGAUUGGUGGGAAGCUUGGCCUGUUCUUCUUUGAGUUGCCGCUUAAGGCCAAAAUAUCAUGCGAAGUAAUCGUAAACACGCGAAACUCGACAAUUACUCGUCAAAAUUGCUACCCUGAGAUUUAAACCCCUACAUAAUUUCUAUCCUCAACAAUGACAAAGAUGUUGGAUACUGAUUACUGAAUGCAAGUAAAAAUGGAGUAAAAUGCUAUCAGCCCUGCAGUUUACUAAGCUUUUAGGUGUGUGCAGUAUGAGGUACAAAUGCAGUUUGUUCAUAACUUCUAGGCAAUCAGUAAAACAGCAAGAAACCUUGUUAAAAGUUUUUUAAAAAGAAAAAAAAAGGUUUCAAACAUGUCUUUCUGUAAUUCUAUGGUAUAUAUAUUAUAUAUAUGUGUGUGUGUGUUUAUGUGUGUGUAAUUGUAUGACAUAUUAUGCAGUAAUCUCUCUUGUAAUUGGGAAACAAAUUAGAUAAACAGAUUAAUUGCUUGACAAUUUAAUAAUAACCUUCAAAUUCUUCCUUAA